CUAGGGGAAGUUGUAACUAGAAAAAAAGUUGUAACACAUAUAAUAGUAGCAAAGAGGAGAAAGAGUGACAAAUAUGGCUUCCUCAGUUAUCUCCUCCACCGCCGUCGCCACCGUUAGCCGCACCCCGGCUCAAGCCAGUAUGGUGGCUCCUUUCAAUGGGUUGAAGUCCACCGUAGCCUUCCCGGUCACUAAGAAGAACGAUGACAUUACCUCCCUUGCUAGUAACGGUGGAAGAGUCCAAUGCAUGCAGGUAUGGCCACCACUUGGCUUGAAGAAGUUCGAGACCCUCUCUUACCUUCCACCUCUCACCACAGAGCAAUUGCUGGCCGAAGUCAACUACCUUCUAGUCAAGGGAUGGAUUCCUUGCUUAGAAUUUGAAGUCAAAGACGGAUUUGUGUACCGUGAGCACAACAAAUCGCCAGGAUACUAUGAUGGUCGCUACUGGACUAUGUGGAAGUUGCCUAUGUUCGGAUGCACUGACCCAGCUCAGGUGGUGAAUGAGGUUGAGGAGGUCAAGAAGGCUUACCCUGAUGCUUUUGUUAGAAUCAUUGGGUUCGACAACAAACGUCAAGUGCAAUGCAUUAGUUUCAUUGCCUACAAGCCUGCAGGCUACUAAACUUAAUUUAAGAAAAUUUGUGCAUUAUAUAAUUAGGCGUUGUUACUCCUUUUGAUGUUCGAAACUUUUUCCCUUGAACUUUCGGAUGUUUUAAAUGUAUAGGAAUGUUGAGCAUUGUACUCUAUGAGCAAUAACAGCUUGUUCCUAACAUUUUCUUUAUAUUUUCACACACUUUCUCA